CGCUCGCAUCCUCUCGGCGGGGCGAGCGCGACCAUUUUGCGGGGGGGAGCGGCGGCAGCGGGACCGGCACCGCCACCGGCAGCGGCAUCGGGGAGCGACACCGGCAUCGGCGCCGGGGCCGGCAGCGGGCAGCGGCACCGGGGGCGGCGGCGGCGCCUGACGGGGGAGCGGCGGCUCCGCGGGCGCGGCCUGAGGCGCUGGGCCCAGCGCUCCCGCUCGCUGCGGGCGGCCUCGGCGGCCGCGGCGGCCUCAGCGUCCCCGUUCGCUCGGCGCGCAGCCCCGGGCGGCCCGAAGCGCCGCCGAGAUGUCGCGGCCCGUCAGGAACAGGAAGGUGGUGGAUUACUCCCAGUUUCAGGAAUCAGAUGAUGCUGACGAUGAUUACGGAAGAGAUUCGGGUCCCCCAUCCAAGAAAAUCCGCUCGUCUCCCCGAGAGGCCAAAAACAAGAGGAGAUCUGGCAAGAAUUCUCAGGAGGACAGUGAGGAUUCAGAAGACAAAGAUGUGAAGACUAAGAAAGAUGAUUCACACUCAGCAGAUGAAGAUUUUGGCAGCGAAGACGAUGACGUAGGAGCCGACGAUGGCAAAGCCGACAGCGACUACGAGAGCUCUCAAAAAAGCAAAAAAGGAAAGAAGGCUAAACCAGACAAGAACAAGAGAGCAGCCUCCAAAUCCAGGAAAAGGCCUGCAGAGGACAGCGAGGAUGAGAAGGAAGAUCACAAAAAUGUUCGUCAGCAGCGGCAGGCGGCGUCCAAAGCAGCCUCCAAACAGAGGGAGAUGCUCAUGGAUGAUGUGGGCAGUGAGGAGGAAGAGCAGGAGGAUGAUGAGGCACAGUUCCAGGAGACAGAUUCAGGAAGUGAUGAAGACUUCCUCAUGGAAGAUGAUGAUGACAGUGACUAUGGCAGUUCAAAAAAGAAAAAUAAGAAGGUCUCCAAGAAAUCCAAGCCAGAGAGGAAAGAAAAGAAAAUGCCCAAGCCCAGGCUAAAGGCUACAGUGACCCCCAGCCCAGUGAAAGGCAAAGGGAAGGCAGGUCGCCCCACAGCCUCCAAGGCAACAAAAGAAAAGACCCCAUCCCCCAAAGAAGAGGAUGAAGAGCCUGAAAGUCCCCCAGAAAAGAAAAAAUCAGCCAGCCCUCCACCAGAAAAGUCAGGGGAUGAGGGAUCUGAAGAUGAAGCACCCUCUGGUGAAGAUUAAAAUGGCAGUCGAGGAAAAAAAAAAUCUUUGUUUAAAAAAAAAAAAGAGGAAAAAAAAGAAAAAGGAAAAGAAAACAAUACUUAGGGGUAGAACACGGUUUUGGCUGUGGCUUGACUCAUGGGCUUUGAAUGCUGUCUUUCCUUUCAGCUGUUUAAUACAGUGUAUUCUUUUUUAAUAAGAGGAAACCCUUCUACAGUAAUAUUUUGAAGUCAAUGUUCUCUGUUGGCCAUUCCGUUCUCCCUCCCCUGCCAAAUCUGAAAAGCCAUUUGAGACAAAUUAACAGACCAUUCAAUAUUUUAUUUUAUUUUUUUCAAGGGAUACUGCAGUUGUGAAGCAAUAAGGUUUGAGACUGAUCUGUGGAAACCAUACUUACAAAUCCUUAAGUAGAAUAGAUUUUUUUUUCCCCCAGUGCUGGUAAGAGCUGUUUAAAACUAUUAUUCUGUAUUUGGAAUAUAUGGAAAAAAAAUAAUGAACCUCUGCUUUAACAGACUUUGAGCCGAGUUCACUCUCAGCAGAAAUGCAGUUGAUGUAAUUGCAGUGGAGGAGGAUGGAACACGGGGAGGGAUCCUGUGUUUCUUGGAUUCAGGCACGUUUUUCAUGGAAAGCAAUCAAGAAACUCGGAGAUGCUCCAGUGUCUUUGAUUUAGAAAAGACCCCUCAGUCAGGAUGGGAGAUCUUUUGUCUCUGCUGGAUAGAAAACUCUUCUGCUGUAGGCAAAUUGCAGCCCAUCCCAGAGAAAUUGAGCUGUUCAACCUACAGCCUUCCCUUAUCACUCACCCUGCUUUGAUUCCUGCUGUAGAGGGGCAGAACAGGGAAGAGAAAUUGCAAAAUCGUUUUUAAAACUGCUUGCCAUCGGGUAUCGUGGAAAAUGUUUUUAUUAUAGAUUUUUCCAAGGGAAAAAAAAAAACAACCAACAAAUUAACAGAUAAUGUAAAA